ACGGAAAUUUCUUCAGGCUGGCUAUUAAUUAAGAGUGUCAAGAGGGCGGCGGACAAAUGCGCUGGAAAUUACAGCAUUAAACCCAUCAGGGUCGAUAAUACCUAUUUUUACUCAUGCGCACCUCUUGUAUUCGGUCUCUUAAUUUUCGCCACCUAAUUACCGAGGAAGAUGAAUUAAGGAUUUUUGUCGUGGGCCUAUUUUUAGCUCCGGCUUGGUCCAUACAUGCGCCCCACUUUCGAGGGGUAUUUUGGAGACGCACUUUGUCGUCGUUGAAGCGCCAAACGCGUAGUAUUUUUAUUUUGGUUUUGCGGUUUAGCGAAUAUAAGGCGGUGCGUGCGGAGACCUCGCCUCACUUUGGUUUAAACUCGAUAUAUUGAAACACUCACAUGCUGUCUCGUCGUUUUAGGAAUACAAUUAGAUUAAUGCGAUAAGUGUGUUUUCUCUGUUGGCUUCGUUCUGAACCCAGGCAUGUUUUUCCCUGAAGGCCGCAACUUCAUAAAAGUCAGAAAAAAGUCCAACAGCAGCAACAUAUCCACGGAUGACACCAACAGCAGCAACGAGAAAGCCGGCGGCAAGUCACCAACAGUAGCCGGCCCUCCAUUCAAACAGUUCAGUGUCACAGGGAUGACGGCUUCAGACCAGCAAGAGGUGGUGACCGUCUCCCUGUCAGAGCUGCCGGUCGGCUCUAUGCCUCCUGGCUCAAAUAAGGGGCGACAGAAGAAAUUCCACCGGCACUUCAAGACCGUCUCUGCUGAGGAACGUGUACUCAAUUAUUACUCAUGCGCCCUGGUAGCAGACAUCCUGCUGCAAGGACAUCUCUACAUCACAAAAAAUUAUUUUGCAUUUUACUCUAACGUCUUCGGAUAUGUUACUAAGCUACUUAUACCAACUGCCUCUGUUCUGAAAGUAACCAAGGAGAAGACGGCAAGGAUCAUUCCAAAUGCUGUUGGCAUUGCCACGCUACAUGAGAAACACGUAUUUUCAUCGUUGCUCUCAAGAGAUUCCACUUACAAGUUGAUGGUGCAGGUUUGGAAAAACGCCACCGCACCCGAAAUUGUCGAAAUUGAGCCAAUUCCUCUCCCGACGCCAACGCUUGAUUUAGACCCUCUUUCAAUUUCUGUCAGUGACAUAAGCAAAGAAGAAGUAACGCCGAGCGAAUCUGGCAGCAACCUGGUUGCCGACGAAGACGAAGAGUCGUCCCUCUCAGGGAGCGGAAACGAGGACCCUCCGACCAUAAUAGCUGCAAAACCUCAGGUGGCUACUUUCUGCACGCGAAACAUUACAGUGAGUAGCACCUAUGUUCCUAAGACUGCCAGCAAGCCGAGCAAGUUGGAGCGAUUCCGAGGCUGCAUUAAAAAUUACAUUCAGUCUGUAAAGUGGCACGAACUACUGCUACUCACCUCAACAGUUCUCCUUUUGAUGCUCUUCCUCUCAGCAGCUUUUUUGUUGUACAGAAUUAAUGCAAUCCAAGCUCAAUUCUACUCAAAUCCUGUGAUCUCAAGCAGAGACGAUGUUUAUAAAGAGAUUAUGAAGUGGCAAGUCCAUCUCCACAGCAAGUCCUCCAAUGAAGUUCAGCAGUUUUUGAACUCGAAUUUGAAUCAGAUAGCAAAGGUGAGGCAGUCUCUAGAAGCCCUGACAUUACUUGUAACGUCAGACAGUGAAGGGCGAUUACGCAAAAGGCAUCACUCCGGAAUUCUAGACCCCAAUAGUUAACCCUCAGACCACAGGUGACCUUUGGUAUAUUUUUGUCUCUCAGAAAGCCACACAAAACAUGAUGCUGUCGCGAUGAUAUUAUUUAAUAUAAUUACUUCAGACUGAGGAGUGAGUGGCAAUGAAGGUUACGUAUAUUUUGUAAGAAAAGAAGCAACAGUCGUUAAAAGUAAAUUUGAUUCAAGUCAAAAGUACGAGAACGUGACAAGAGAAACGAUGAUGAUAUUUCGAGCGAUAACAUGAGUUUUGUAUUUAUUUUUGCUUCACUCUCAGAUGGAACAAUAGAGCUUUACAGCAGUUAAGGACAAUUUUUGUACUUUUUUUCUCGAGAUUUUGAACUUAGAUCUAACAACAGAAAUGCAGCAUCCACGAUGCAGAUAGAUCUAUCUCUGAAGGAGCUCUGUGUUGCAAUAAAAAGCUCUAAGGCGCAUGCAUGUUAAACAAGAACAACGUGAAAAGAAUGCAUACUGAAAAAUCAAAAUCUAUCCUCAAAUUUUGUGUAUAAUACUGAUAUAAUGCCAAACUAAUGUGAUGCAACAAUAAUUUGUUGAUUGGUUUCUAGUCAUAGAAUGUUUGGUUACUUCUAUCUGCCUCUUUAUAAGUUAACACAUGUUGGAUAAAUUGUUAAUUAGCAGCGUUUAAUGUGAAUGACGGAAACAAUUAAUUUUAUUUUUCCCAUUAUGAAUAAUAUGUACAUUUCUUUAAAGGAAGGAGCUAUUGCUGUGCAAUAAAAAAAUCCUUCGAAAUUGGCUCUUUAAAAUCACCUCCUAGUGAGAAGCAAUUGGGUGGUAAUUCACUAUUUUGGUGUUUAGAAUGAAAUUAACGCCAAUUAAAAAUUAAAAUGUUCAAUUACACGUCUGGCGUUCACUAUAGUAAAAUGACACUUAAUGAAUUGGCUGUAAUUGUUGAAUUGAAAAGCAACAAAAAAAUCAAUUUGAUUGAUUAACUCUAAUGUUAACAAAAUUAGAUUUUUCCAUGUAUACAAAUAAAAAUAUUUAUGUUUCAA